AGAGCCGGAACAACUGGUGGAAUACAUCAGCGCGUGAUUGUUGGCUCAUUGUUCAGGCUUCACCAUCUUGGCGGAGAAGAUAAAAGUUGUCGGGGAUGAUUGUGGAUUUUAGCGUUGCAGAAUGUGGAUAUGAUCUGUCUAAAACCAGGUGAGGAGUGACACAUUACCUCGGACUGAGUGGCUCAUCCUAAAGGCACGUACUGUAGGCUGCUGUGCGUAAUUGGUAUAUUAUUUUUGUUUCAACAAUUUUGUUUUCCUGAGCGGGAAAUACUUCCAACAUCUGGAAGUAUUAAUUGAAGUCCCAUUGUGUGAUCCAUUCGUCGUAAACAUUGAACAACACCUCCAGUGAGCCCGACUAGUCGCGUUUUAUUCCGACAGCAGCAGACGGAGUUUGGUAACAGGUGGUUUUUGUGGUGCGUCUCACUUUGCCGCGCUGUCUGGAUUAUUAGGCUGUUAUUAUUAUUUGGAUAUGCUAUAUGAGAGGCACAGGUCAGGCAAUAUAAGGACUGGGGUGUGACAUGAAGGCGCACUUGGCGUUAAUCUUCUGAUUUUGCAGCUUUUAACGAAGGGGCGAGCAGCCGGAAGGUCCCUGCCUCCCGAUGAUAAGCUCGGUGUGUGUUUCGUCUUACCGGGGCCGCAAGUCGGGCAACAAACCUCCGUCUAAAACAUGUCUGAAGGAGGAGAUGUGCAGAGGGGAAGACUCGGACAAAAUCAUCAUCAACGUCGGUGGCACCCGACAUGAAACCUACAAGAGCACCCUCAGGACCUUGCCGGGGACGCGCCUGGCCUGGCUGGCGGACCCGGAGCCGCAGGUCAGCUCCGACCCGGACGCCGCGCCCCCGAGUGCCGAGUUGUUCUUCGACAGACACCCGGGCAUCUUCGCCUACGUGCUGAACUACUACCGGACCGGGAAGCUGCACUGCCCGGCCGACGUCUGCGGGCCGCUCUUCGAGGAGGAGCUGGCGUACUGGGGGAUCGACGAGACCGACGUGGAGCCGUGCUGCUGGAUGACCUACCGGCAGCACCGGGACGCGGAGGAGGCCCUGGAGACCUUUGAGCCGCCGGACCCGGAGACCGAGGACGACCGAGAGAUAGCGAGGCGGUUCGGAAUCGAGGACUGUCCCGACAGGUCGAGGGGCUGCUGCGAAGUCUGGCAGCCGAAGGUCUGGGCUCUGUUUGAAGACCCGUACUCGUCCAGAGCAGCCAGGGGAGUGGCGUUUGCCUCCCUCUUUUUCAUCCUGGUGUCAAUCACCACCUUCUGCAUGGAAACCCAUGAAGCCUUCAACGAACUGCAGAACCGGACAGAGCUGGUUGUCGUGGGCAACGUAACACAGAAAGUGUAUAGGUUUGAGAUGGUUACCAAGCCCAUCCUCACCGUGGUGGAGGGCAUCUGUGUGGUCUGGUUCACAUUUGAAUUCCUGGUGCGAAUCAUCUGCUGCCCGAACAAGCUGGUCUUCAUCAAGAACACGCUCAACAUUAUUGACUUUGUGGCCAUCCUGCCAUUCUACCUUGAGAUGGGCCUGAAGGGUCUGUCAUCCAAAGCUGCAAACAACGUACUAGGCUUCCUUCGUGUUGUGCGGUUUGUUCGGAUCCUCCGGAUCUUCAAGCUGACGCGGCACUUUGUAGGCCUGCGCGUGCUCGGCCACACGCUGAGGGCCAGUGUCAAUGAAUUCCUCCUUCUCAUCAUUUUCUUGGCGCUGGGUGUUCUCAUCUUCGCCACCAUGAUAUACUACGCUGAGCGCAUCGGAGCCAGUCCCAGCGACCCCACGGGCUCCAAUCACACACACUUCAAGAACAUCCCCAUCAGUUUCUGGUGGGCGGUGGUCACCAUGACGACGCUGGGCUAUGGAGACAUGUUCCCACAGACAUGGCUGGGUAUGAUGGUGGGAGCCCUUUGCGCGCUGGCUGGGGUGUUGACCAUUGCAAUGCCGGUCCCCGUCAUCGUCAAUAACUUUGGGAUGUACUACUCGCUGGCUAUGGCCAAACAGAAGCUGCCGAAAAAGAAGAAGAAGCACAACCCGAACCCAGACGCUCCGACUGACUCCGCCUCGUUUGUGAAGUCGGAAACAAACUCGCACAGAGACAGCACUCAGAGCGACACGUGUCCGCUGGCUGCUGAGGAGAGCGUCAGCAGGAACCGCUCAGACUCCAAACAGAACGGUGAUGCAAAUGUGGCCCUUUCAGAGGAGGAAGGCUGCAGCCUGACCCAGCCGCUGUCCCCCAGUGAAAAGUGGUCUCUGCGGUGCUCUCGGGGGCGAGACAAGACUAAGAAGGAGGCCACCUGCUUCCUCCUAACCCCUGGAGACCCCAACGUCCAUACUGAGAUCUGUAAAGACAUCCUCGCUGCCACUGGAAACUACGCUCAGCCGGAGGUCACCACGCUGACCUGA